AUGUGUCGAAUAACCGCUCCAUUCGAACUCGACUAUGUAAAUUUCGAGGAAAUAAAUAUAAAUUUCAUUUUUGUGCAAAGAAACAAUUCUGCUCAACGACCACACAAUUUUCCUUUCCUCGUCAACCUCACCAGUCACCACGGCAACGAGCCCGACCAGCCCUCCGCCCCCGCGACCGCGCCCCUCUCCAAGCGCUGCCGUGAGCCCGCCUUCGCAGUCACGGGGAACGCGACGAGCUCCCGCGGCGGCGGCGGCCUCCGCGAGAAGGCGAGGGCCGUCACCCGCCUCGCCGGAUCCGGCUCCCGCCAUACGCAUGCCGAUGCUCAGUACUCCGGGGGUCCGGUCCCCGGGGUCGCGUUCGACCCCUUCGACAUCGAGGCCGACCCUCCGCCGUUGGCGCUGACACACGAGCAGAUCAAGCUAUGCAAGGACGCGCUCGCGCAUUUCGAGCGGAGGAGCAAGCAGCUGGAUGCCUUGUCCGACGAGUUCCAACGGCUUCAGGGCAUGAGAACAAUGCAUCCGGAGAUGAUGAAAAUGUCCACUGUAGCUCGUGAUGCUGCCAAUAGGGAGAAGAACCGCUAUAUUGAUGUCUUACCAUUUGAUGAUACCAGGGUACGGCUAAAAUCAUCAGCAACCAGUCAAAUUUCAGGCAAUGAUUACAUCAAUGCAAGCUUUGUAAAGGCUACCGAGGACAACAGUGUUGCAAGAUUUAUUUCCACCCAAGGACCACUAGUAAGGACAUUUGAGGAUUUUUGGGAAAUGGUUUGUGAAAAUCAGUGUCCUGUGAUUGUUAUGCUCACACAGUUCGACAGUGUUAAGUGUGAUGAGUAUCUUCCAUUGCAAAAUGGUCAAGGGACGUAUGGAAAGUAUAAUGUUAAGAUUACGAAGGACACAAGAGAUAAGCAUCAAUUAUGUCUGCGUGCUGUGGAGGUGCAGUGCAAUGAGUCAGGCAAGGUUCAUUCUGUACUCCAUAUAGAGUAUCCUGAUUGGCCCGACCAUGGCGUACCAACAAGCACUGAUGCUGUGCGACAAAUUCAAAAACGGUUACAUCACAUUCCGAGAGAACAUCCUAUAGUUGCACAUUGCAGUGCAGGAAUUGGGAGAACUGGUGCUUACAUCACCAUCCAUAGUUCAAUUGAGGGAAUUCUCCUUGGAGACACAAGCUCUUAUGAUCUUGUUGAAACUGUAAAAAAAUUUAGGUCCCAGCGAACUGGAAUGGUUCAAACUGAGCAACAAUACAUGUUCUGCUACCGUGCAAUUGCGAAUGAGCUGAAAGAUCUGCUGAGGUCGUCAGGCCGUUGAGGUAUUUCUAAGGAAGAAGUGGACUGCUACUGUAUUGUCGCCCUUCUAUUUCCAUCGUAAACCAUAGCUUCUUGUUGCUUGUUGCGUUUGUUAGGGCAGUGCAUUAAGAUCACUUUGCCACCUCUAUUUCGACCUGGUCUCCAAUAUUGUUAAGACAACUGCUUGUUGAUUGUUUAAGAAUCAGUAGAGUUUACAACAUCUGGUGGACCCAAGCAUGUAAACAGCCCUCCGGGAAUCAUUCCUCGACCAAACAGUAGCAGAAUCAUGGGUCCCUUUCCCUUGUGGAUGAUUUAUAUUGUUUCCCAAGACACCACGAAGAUGAAUGCCAGGCGUAUAUAGUUAGAUGCGACCAAUGCAUCGUUGAUUGUAUCGAAAUUGAAAACUGGGCAUCUGGGACGAUUAUUUGAUUAUCUACUUAGUCCCUGUGGGAGCCUUUC